AUGACAUUCAAUGGAAAUUAUAUAACAUUCAAUGGAAAUUAUAUGACAUUCAAUGGAAAUUAUAUGACAUUCAAUGGAAAUUCUAUAACAUUCAAUGGAAAUUAUAUAACAUUCAAUGGAAAUUAUAUGACAUUCAAUGGAAAUUAUAUGACAUUCAAUGGAAAAUAUAUGGAAAUUAUAUGA